AGUUAUGGCAAUGCGACUCUCAACGGCAAAAUCAGAAGCCUAUAUGCGGAAGGUUUUCUACCGCCUAGGACUGUCUAUUGGCUAUCAUCCAUGGCGUUACAUCUUAGGACUGUUGCUUUUCACUGCCCUCAGUUCCAUCGGAUUUUUGAGAUUUCAUCAGCGUAAUAACGCUCGGAUUACCUUCACGGAUUCCGAAUCUGCUAGUCACAAAGAGUCACAGAUAGUGCAGCAGUUUCUCCAACAAAAUGGAACUCUCAACAUGAUAGAGGUAAUGAUUGAAGCACGAGACAAUGGAAGCCUUCUCAGAGAAAAGCACCGUCAACAGGUCUGGGACUUAGUCUACGAGAUUUCUAACAACAUUACUUCUGAGGACUCCAAAGGGCAAACACUGACCUACAAAAACAUGUGUGAUCCUUACUGUCAGAAGAACGAUCCAUUCUUUGCCUUAUUGAAGAUUUACAAUCAGAACUUCUCCAGGGUCGAUAUUACUUACCCAACCAUGGAACUGCUAGGCGAGAAAAUUUUCAUAGCUGCUAAUGUUUACGACGUGACCGUCGAUCCAAAAACGCAAGUGCUUCUUGGAUUUCGGACAGCAAUACUUCGGUAUUACAUGGUGCACCCUGAAACAAAGCCGCUCACAAUCUGGGAAGAGAAACUCGUGAGAAUCCUUUACGAUAGUAAUGAGUACGAUCUAUUGCGAUGUGGAGCGGCAUCGGAUAAUUUAGUAGCGAAUGAGGUGAGAGAUAUGGGCAACAAGACUGUUCCACUACUUAGUAUAUCUCUUGCUGUACUCACAGUAUUUUUGAUGUUAUGCUCAUUCAGAUAUGAAAGAAGAGAAUCGAAGCCAUUUGAAUCUAUUAUCGGAGCAGCUACACCAUUGCUCGCGGGAGUAACCACAGUCGGACUGGUUUCAGCAACCGGAUUGGCUUUCCAGUCAAUUGUUGUCAGCACGCUAUUCUUAGUGCUAGCAAUAGGGAUCGAUGAUGUUUUUAUCAUGCUUGCAGCGUGGCAUCAUACCGAAAAGAGUCUCGAAAUACCUAAGCGAGUUGCUGAAAUGGUCCAGGUUUCCGGUUGUUCUAUGACGGUCACGUCUAUCACAAAUCUCAUCUCCUUUGGAAAUGGUGUGCUAUCGAGUACCCCCGUGCUGCAGACCUUUGCCAUCUAUUCAGUGGUUGCAAGCAUCAUCUGCUACCUAUACCAGCUCAUACUAUUUCCAGCAAUCUUGUCUCUCACUGCGCACAAUGAGUACAGAAAAAUCGUAGUGGAAAGUCGGAACACAUGUCUUUCCGAAACAUUCACGCCGAUAAAGUAUGCUGGCAUUUUUCAUGAUCGUGCGUGGAGGCGCCUUGCUCGCGAAGUCGGAAAACGCUGGAUGCGCGUUCUUACGAUCUUGGUUCUCAUCGCCUACUGGAUCAUAACCUAUUAUGGCAUCUCUAUGGUGGAAACUGAUUUGUCGGUGCAGAAACUAGCUCCGAAGGACGCACGAAUUGUCAAGUUCAAAACGCGAUAUGAUGAAGCAAUCAAGGAUAUGCAGACAUUUGUAGUGGUCAUCACUAAUCCCGGCAAUCUGUCCGACGUGCAUAGACUUGAUGCAGUAAAAAGUAUUGUUCAUGACUACGAAUCAGCGAGUCACAGUUAUGGGCCAGCAUCGACAUUCUGCUUCCUAUUUUCCUACAUGGACUACAUAACUUUUCUUGAAGAAGAGGAAGACGACAAGAAUGUUGGCUUUACCUACACUCACAUCCCUUCAUUCCUAACUUCCGAUCCAUACUGGAAAGGAACUCUGCGCGUAAACGAGACCGCCUGCGAGCAAAAUGAUCAGCAUUGUAUCCACUCGUUUCUCUUCACUACCGGAUUCACUACGCUAGUCAGGUACAAUGAAAUGUUUCCGCUUAUUCAAGAAUGGCGCGAGAUUGCCAGAAAGUAUCCGGACUUUGGUGUCUAUGCAUAUUCAGAGAGGAGCACAUUCGCUGACCAGACAAAUGUUCUUGGAGACGUGAUUUGGCAAACUCUUUAUUCUGAAGUUAUCUGCAUGGGGCUUUCCUUCAUUGUAUUCAUUCCGGAUCUUGUUUCUAUAGCUUCUGCUAUGUUCAGCCUUUUGAGCGUCAAUCUUGGUGUGUUUGGUUUCCUCUCCUUAUGGGGUGUGGGCAUUGAUCCGAUUUCGAUGGCGGCGUUGCUUAUGUCCAUUGGGUUCAGCGUUGAUAUCUCAGCCCACAUCAGUUACCACUAUUAUCAAGUGAAAGCAAAGAAUCCUGUGGAAAAACUAGAAGAUGCGUUUUUAAACAUAGGAUGGCCUACUGUGCAGGGCGGACUAAGCACACUGUUUGCAAUGUUACCCAUUCUAAUUAAACCAAGUUACUUAGGACUGGUGUUUUUAAAAACUGUAGCUUUAGUCACGAUAAUCGGCCUUGUGCAUGGACUCAUCGUGUUGCCGGUGCUACUAUCCAUGCUUACAGCUGUAAAGGAAAAAUUCGGAAAAGAUACCAUUGCAUCCACUGAUCAGGAAGGCUCUGAAAGCGGAAGCAGCACGUGUACGAUUAAACCUCAUCGUAUAUCCAUCAAAAGCUUUACGGCUGAUAAACCAGUUCAUUGA